GGAUAGUGGGCGGUGUGACGUCAUGUUGGCAAUAGUCGGAGAGGGAGAAUUGUCGAGUAGUGGGGAGCACGAGAGAGAGAGGGGGUGGUGGAGAAUAUCCACGUUAACGAUCGCAAGUGACGAUGUUGCUGCUUGUGGCAAUGUCAGGGCCCUGGGACUUCCCCUAUCCCCUCCAUUCACUCUCACCCCCUCACCGACCUUUUGGCUUCAAAUUUUUGUCUGUCUCCUUUUGCUAGCUGGCACGUACCACAUACGCCCCCGCACUCUCCCUUCACCCCUCACCACUUUCCAUUCCACCACUCUGCAUCCUCUCUCGAUGCAGAGUUAUCUCCCAUACACUUUCAGCAUUUUCCUUCUCUGUCUGCUCCCCUCCACGGCAGUUUCUCUCUCUUUCUGAUCACAUUGCUGUGGAUGCUGCAUCAGUCUGGACCAGCCACUCGCAUCAUUCGGUCGCGAGCAGGCUUUUGUCUCAUCCCAUACAUUCCCACAGAGCCACUGCUGGUUGAGCAAGGUUGGCGAUUAGGCCUACACUUGUUGAGCCUGGACCUUGCGGUAGGUAGGUUAAGGUCUCCGGUAAAAUGAGUGGCGUGGGAUUUUUAGCGGCAGUGAAGACUUUUACACCAUCUGCAAGAAGGCGUCGACGUAGCGAGAAACAGCUUCAGAGACUUGAACUUCCCGGGACGGAAUCGUCGACGGCACAGCAGGUAACGCAUCCUGAUGUUGUCCCGACGUGGGACGUGGCACCACCGAUUACGCCACCAGCAGCUUUCCUACCUGCUAACCACAGGAAGAACAAAUCAUCGGCUCCUGUGGUAGUGGCGACAGUAUACGGCGGAGCAGAACUGCAAGAGAUGGACAGCAGCUUGAAUAUUGGAGGGACUGAUCUAUAAUUGUAGCGACAGCCAGGACAUGUGAUUUAUGUGCCUUAAUACGACGGAUACAUCAUUUGGACUCAAAUUGUUCCUCUGUUGUUGUCAGUGUUUGUAAGGUUAUGGAGUGUAAGAAAGCUUUAUCCUUCACUGUUAAAAUAGACCCUUUCGAAACGGCAUAAUAAAUUCUGCUAUGUAGGUCCGUAGUUUGGCGCACAGGUUAAUCUGUUUAUCUUCCUGCCGCCAUCAGCCAUCUUCAUAAUCACGUCUCGUUGGGAAUAACGAAACCAGCCCUGUGGGUGCCCCCACAUAAAUGGAUUCUGGAUUAUAAUAGAGUUGGGAAAGUAAGCGUUGACCAUGCCCGGAGGCGUAGGAAAGCAAACAUUUCUAUACGUUACCUAAACAGUUACUUUAUUUUGAUGUAGAAAGAAAUGAAAGCAGCAGUUUCCAGAAUUGGUAACAGGAGAAACGAAAGAGAUUCUUAGUUUAAACACUGAAGGUCGAAUAUAACGAUGGUAAUAACGUUGAUCGUCAUCAUUGUAUGCAAUUGUUACUCUUUAACGAUCGCAGCAGAAUCCAGAGUUGUUAUUAACCCUUCAGAACCUGAUGUUAACUGUAUGUAUCGCUGCAGUAGUCAGUGAUUGCAUUUUGCCCACAGUGUGUGUUGCAUAUGAUUCUCAAAGUUUGCAGCUGUUAUUUCCCUAGACAGUAUUAACCAGAUGAUCUUUGUAAUGAUUUUUUUUAUUUUAGGUAAGAACUGUAUUUGUAAACAAAUACUGUUUGGGUGACCUUUGGCUUACAUUUUGAAUUUUGACAUUGACCUUGGAAGGGUGUAAUUUUAUGAAAUUGUGAUGUAAACGUGGGGGGGGGCUACUUUAGGGCGAAAUUUUGCAUCAAAUCCCUGCGCAGCUUCUGUCUUUGUGACACUUCUCGUCUCUCUACCUUCUCCAUUUCUAACGCCUUACCUUCUCCUCAACCUGUCUUUAACAGAAGAAGGAGCGGGCACUUCCUGGGUACCUUCAUAGCCAAAACUUUAUCUGUGUCUCCUCCUGUCAAAUGUAGUAUUUUACUAUUCUUUCUCCACUUUCUAUUUUCUCUCGUUUAUUUAGCUUUAGAUUGUUAAUUACUUUGAUGUAGACUACAAAGGGAACCUGACAAAAGUUGCACUCUUUGCAAAAUCCUUCCUUUGUUAUAUCAUCUUGUAGAAAAUUAUUAAAUUCACGAUUGCUCUGAAUAUUUGACCAAAUUCUGAGUUCCAGAAGCGAUUC